AUGAACUGGGGUACUGAGCUUUGGGAUCAGUAUGAUAACUUAGCCGCCCAUACACAUAAAGGAAUUGAGUUCUUAGAUAAAUAUGGAAACUUCGUGAAGGAAAGGUGUGCUAUAGAAUUGGAAUAUGCAGGGAAACUAAGGAGGCUAGUCAAGAAUUACCAGCCUAAAAGGAAAGAGGAAGACGAAUACCAGUACACAGCUUGCAAAGCAUUUAGGCAGCUUCUUCUGGAGUUAAACGACUUCGCUGGCCAACGCGAAGUGGUCGCCGAAAACUUACAGUCUAAUGUAGUGCGUGAGCUACAUCUGCUUGCCAAAGAACUACGUGAGGAGAGGAAGCAACAUUUAAACGAAGGAUCGAAACAAAUGACAGUAUUGAGUACAGCGGUAGGUGCGUUGGAUCGAGCGCGGAGAUCGUACGAGCGAGCCGCGCGAGAAUCCGAGAGAGCGCUCGAUGCCUUCCAAAAAGCUGAUGCAGAUUUUAAUUUAAGUCGAGCGGAAGUAGAGAAACAGAAAACGAACAUGAAAUUACGAAGCCAAGCGUGUGAGGAUGCGAAGCAGGAAUACAUGGACCAGCUCAGGAAAACUAAUGACGCGCAAAGACAGCACUACGAACAGAGAUUACCGCACGUUUUCAAACAAUUACAGGACUUAGAUGAAAAAAGAAUAAAGAAUAUAAAGAAUUUCAUGCUCAGUUCGGUUGACGUCGAAAGAAAAGUUUUUCCAAUUAUUAUGCAGUGCCUUAACGGAAUGGAGCAAGCAGCGAAGAGUAUUAACGAAAAAGAGGACACAAUGCUGGUGAUAGAAAGGUACAAGUCUGGUUUCGUGCCGCCCGAGGACUUCCGCUACGAGCCGGCGACGGGCGCGGACGCGACGGACUCCAGCGUCCCCCACAACACACACAACCACCUCACGGCCGCGCGAGGGACCGUCUCGGGUAACCGCAUCAAGAAGAGAGGAGGCCUUCUCUCCAUAUUUAGUUCUAACAAGAUCGUUGAGGCGUGCAACUCUUUCAAGAACAACAUGUCGACGGACGGAAAGGAGGACUAUUCAGACUUGCCACCGAAUCAAAAGAAAAAGAAGCUACAAGCGAAAGUUCAUGAAUUGACCAAGCAGGUUGCUCAAGAGCAAGCUGCGAUGGAAGGUCUCAUGAAAAUGAAAGGCGUAUACGAAACAAACCCCACUCUAGGAGAUCCCAUGACUGUAGAAGGUCAGUUAAACGAAUGUUGUGAUAAACUGAAAAAGCUAAGAGCGCAACUGCGCAAGUAUGAAGAAUUGUUAGCCGAGGCGAAUAACCAAGUGUGUGCGCCGCCCCUACACCCCACCGCCAGGACUAAUGGCGCCGCACCCACGCUGGCCACUAGUAUCGGAUCAAACAGCGAAUCAUUGUCCCGGUCGGCGUCCGAGUCGUCAGUGAGCACCGGCACCGGCUGCACGGCGACCGGCGCCGGCGCGGUGGUCGGCCGCGCCGCCGGCGGCUCCCCCGAGUCCGGCCUCGGCGGCGAGCUGGCGGCCGCCCACGCCGACCACACCAACGGCGACCACGACCACGAUGACCACGACCACGACCACGAAUCGGACUUUGAUUAUUAUUAUGAAGCGGACUUGCAACCGUUGGGUUAUUGUAAAGCGCUUUAUGCUUUUGAAGCGAACGGUACGGGAUCAACAAUGCAAAUGGAGUGCGGCGAGCGGCUGCUGGUGCUGGAGACGGACGCGGGCGACGGCUGGACGCGCGUGCGGCGCCAGCACACGCGCGAGGAGGGCUUCGUGCCCACCACCUACAUCGCCACCACGCUGUACGCUGAUGCGCAUGCGCAC